AUGGCAGCAGUCAGCGCGGCGAUGUUCCGACCCGGGGGCGGCGUCGACCCCUCCUGCUACGCCACGCAACGGAUAUAUGAUUCACCAGAGAGUACACGGCCGAAGAAAUGGUCAUCGAAGUUAAAACUAAAUACUGCCGGAAGCUCGAAAACAUCAGAAAAAUCUCCAGAAAGCCCGUACAUGUACGGAACUAUAAGUGGGCCAGGAGGAUCAGCGUUGUCCAAAUCAAUGAAAUAUGCUGAGACCUGGUUAUACGGGUCCGUACGAACCCAGACCCCACCUAUACGAUCCAGCGUUUUUUCCGCUUAUCCUGAGGUUUCUGGUCCUGUUCUAAUAAGUACACCUCAAAAACCCACACCUCAUAACUAUGCUGUCAUACUAUGUUCCUGUCCAGAGUACCUGAACGGUACAAAAAAAACCAGCUCAACCAAAGUCAGUAUUUGUAAGAAAUGCAAGGGAUCUCGUUUGCCAUUAACUAUAGCGGAAAGCCCACAAUUAUUAGUUGGGGGUACAGUUAGAGGUCCUCACUUAAGUCGAGAUAGUGGGUUACUAAGAUCCGGAACGGUUAGAGUCCCAGGUUCAAAGGCGCGUCCAACUAUACUUAAACCCAAUGGUGAUACCGAUCCAUAUGAUUUAAUGAGAAGGAGUAGGUUAGCACCUCCACAGGAAGCUCGUAUAGGAAGUCAAUUUUCAACAACUAGAUUACGAGCGAAAAGUAUUAGUCCAUGUAGAUUGAAAACCAAAAAACCAAGCCCAGAAACACUUCAGAAAAAUAGAAGCAAGUCUGUUAGUCGGGUAAACGAAAUAUGGGUUGAAGAGGAUGCUAAUAACUCCAGUGAAUCAAAAAAGUCAAUAUUGUCGUGUGAUAUUAAUCCUUAUGACUUGAUUAAAUCUAACGGAAACACAAAAUCUUCAGUUGAAAUUGAUUUUGAUGAUGAUUUUGGAAAUGUGUUUACGGAAUCUAUGAAAAUUAAUAACUUGAAGUCUUCCAGUAAAACCAAGAUAGAUUCAAGUGUAAAGGCGAUCAGUGGGCAAAGAAUAAGAGUAUCUGAUGAGUCUAAGUCUAUGGAAGACGCACCGAUCUACGACCCUGUUGACUAUGAUCUCAAACCGUUUGAUCUAAAACCUCAAGAAAUAUCUUCGACGUUAUCUUUGCCAAAUAUUAAGAACGAAAAUAAAAAAUCCACCACUGUCGCUAAAAAUACGAGUAAAAAAGUUUUAAGUAUAACUACGUCAAAUCGGGUUAAACAAAAAAAUGUUUCACCAAAAAGACCACCAAGAAGGAUAAGAAAUAUCAAAUUAGAUGAUGAUAGCGAAAGUGAUAAUCAGCGCUUGUCAGAGAGAAGUUCAAAUAGGAAAUCCGUUAACGAUAAUGCUCGUAACUCGAAGCACAAAAAAACUGAUACUAUAAAAUCUAUUCUAAAAAAGCCCAGAAACUAUGACUUAAACGACUCUAAUUUAAAAGUUGACACUCCAGAUGAGUUUUUUGAACACAAACGAGUAAAUUCAUCUCUAUUCUAUCUUCCUAAGCCUAAAGAAAAGAGUGGGGUCAUGCACAACAAUUUAUUACAAAGAAAACGUGUGCAAUUUUUGGUAGAAAAUGAAGAAACUAAAGUAAUUUAUACUGCAGAGUUUGAUCUCGACCAGAAUACGAUAAAAGAAAACCCAGAUGAAAUUGUAAUUGAAACUGAAGAAGAUGUAAUAGCUGAAGGAGAUAUUGUGAGCCGAAGUUUGGAUGAAUCUAGUGAAAAUUUAGAAGAACUUUUAAGUCAGUCAAAAGAGAAUCACAAUGAAUCAUGUGAUAAAGAACAAACAAAUGCGAUUGAAGUUGUAACUGAAGAAAUCAAAUUGACAACAUUGGAAACUAUUCAACAAAAAACUACUGUUGAAGUAGUAAAUAGUAUUAACAAAGAAGACAACAACAUCCCUAAAAUUACAGUUCUUCGUCGAUCAGAAUCAGAACGUAUCCCAACAACGUUGCUAGUAGAGUCUCCAAAGUUCCUGGACACCAUGGCUUUGCGACCAAAAAGUAAGCACUGCCACACCAGUCAAGUCUUCUUAACUUCAGUGACUGAAAACGAGACUUAUAAACAGAAUCAGUUUGUGUCUGAUCAGACGCAAAAAGCAACAAACGAAGAUCAGUCAAAGCACAAGGGUAAUGAAAAUGUCGAAACAGCGAAUCUCAGCGAUAGUAGUGAUAUUACAAGAAGAAUUUUAAGUAAUCUACGUCGUGGAAUAUCCGAGUCACCUGAACCACCUCCUAGAAUGAGAUCAAAGGAGCGAAUGAAGUCAAAAAAACAUAAUUAUGUAAAAACACGGUUUAUUCGCAAUAAUUCCACCAGCUCCACUAGUGAUGAAUGGUCAGAUGCAAACGACUAUGAACAAAAAACUAUACUGAGGGUUAAGCAAUUUGAUUCUGAUACCGAUGAGCCAAAAAUGCAAUCUGGUGUUUUGAGGUCGUCAGAAAACGAGCCUAGAAAAACUUCCAUUCAAAUCAAUGGUAAUGAAUGUUAUUCAACAAUGAAUGCAAGCACAAGCACACCUAUUUACUUAUCUUCAGUUGUUGUAAAUGAUGACUCUGCAAAUAUGUGCAAUACUUACCAGACUGGUACUACCGUCACAAUAAGUGUCGGGACUCCGCAAAAAGAAGUGAAAAAGUCAAAGAGUCAAAUUUAUAUUGGUGCUGUACUUUCACAACAUAGCGAAGGCAAUUUUGAAGCGAAUACUUACGAGGAGUACUACACUGGUACAGCAAAAGAUUCAAGAGAGAUAAAGUUACCUAACGAUUUAUGUUCCAUAUUAAACGAUCCUGUAGAAGCUGUGAAAAGAAAUUUGAUUCCCCAUGUUUGUGGUAAACAGAAUGAUACUACGAGUGACUAUGAUGAUCAGCAACCCGAAAAUUAUCAACAGGGUAACGGUAACUUCGUGACAAAACUAUUUGAUGAUCCAUUCUUUGCUCAUUUGGCGGAAGGUUUAGAUUCAGAUUUGGUUAAAAAGCUUAUAGAAAAUUCUUUAAUUAAACUCCAAGAAACCAAAAAUUCAGAAGAAACUGAGGGCAUCACAAUUGAGAAACUUAUAGAAAGUUCUUUAAAAAAUUUAAAAGAAGAGAGUGAUAAAGAAGGUGAUAACAAAGAAAAAAUAAAACCAAAGAAUGGGAACAGUGCCAAAACAGAUGACUUAAAAAAGCAGACAGAAAUAGAUUUACCUAUAUGCUUAGAUAAUGAAGAUAAUAGCUGCUCUGCUCCCUAUGAAAGUAUGGAGUAUGAGAGUGGUGCUAUGGGAGUUUUUUCUGAUCUUGAACCAAUGUCGGAUUGCUAUAAUGCUUCGGCAAGUGAAUUAUCUACUGAAGAUGAUACGAAUUCAACGAGAUCAAAAUUUUACCAAAUGCUAGUUGAUGCAGCGUUAUGUGAAAUCGAGAUUGCGAACAAUACUGAUGAUGAUCAUCAUUACGAAUCAAUUCGGUUAAAUAGUGAUCCUAUUUAUGAAGAAAUAGGUGAUAUGCCACCACCAUUACCUGUCAACCCACCACCAAAUUCUCUUUUAAUUUUAGACGACGAAAAACGCAGUGGAUCAAGAUCAAUAUUUGAGGGUGCGUCUAAGUACGAUAUUUUAUCGUAUUUGGUCGACGCCAAAGAAAGAGGUAUUGAUGAUGAAGAAACUUACAUUACUAACUACGAUACUCACAAUGAGUCCUCAACAAUGACAGAGGAUAUAAAAAGUAAAACACCUAAUCACAACGAAAGAAUACACACCCAUCUUGGCAGUAAUACGAGCCAGAUAUCAAACGCUUCUGACUCUAGCGAGGAUAACUCACUAACAAUAAAUCAUGACACAUUAGAAAAAGCUGGAGUAUGUAAAAAGACUUCCACAGAAAUUGAGAGAAACGAUUCUGGAGUUGGUUCAGAGACUAGUAAGUCAUCUAGAAGUAGACUUCAAGGUAAAACAUUUCCUUGUAGUAUAGUGACUGAUAAGGACAAUCCUAUACACCUUUGUGAAGACUGUGACUCUGCUGUCGAAACACAAAUAACCGAACAAGGUUCAAUAUAUGUUCCGUUAGUAUGCAGAAAGUGUGCUAAAAAAAGAGCAGAGCGGAAAGAAGUUAUUACGGAAAUAGUAGAGACAGAAGAAAAAUAUGGUCGAGAUCUUCAAAUCAUACUAGAAGAAUUUUACAAACCAAUGCUGGUAGCUGGUCUACUGACUCAAGAACAGCUUAGUGCAAUUUUCUUAAACGUUGAGGAACUUAUUGAAAACAAUCAAGUUAUGUCAGAAAAGUUAAGGGAUGGCCUUGAAAUCGCUGUGGAGCAAGGAGAUGAGGAUUUGUUGACUGUAAACGUUGGAAAGAUUUUGCUAGAGUGUUCAGGCAUGCUCACGGCAUUCCAGUCAUACUGCGUAAAGCAAGCUGGUGCCGCCCUCCUAUUGGCUGGUCUCGAGAAGGAGAAGGAACUCCUGAGGAUAUUCUUACGCGUCUCGCAGAUGGAAAACGCCGUCUUGAGGAGAAUGAAUUUAAACUCAUUUCUCAUGGUGCCAGUACAACGCGUGACAAAAUAUCCACUCCUUCUUUCCCGGCUGUAUCGAGCAACUGCCGCAUGUGCGGCUGAACGUGAAGAUGUUAAAGCUGCUCAACGCUGUGUGGAAUCAAGACUUGAAGAAAUAAAUGCAGCUGCGGCAGCUGCCGCAGCGGCUGCAAGAGAUGUGCCACUGUGGCGAAGAUUAGCUGCAGCGAGAAGAACAGCUCAUGAUCUUCACGUCGCAGAUAUAAAAUUAAGGAAAAUGGCUGUUGAUAUUCUUGAUUGGAAUCACGAUGAUGCCAGGUUCGCAAUGGAGGGUAAGCUGCUGUUCACUCAGCCCAAUGACAACAAUUGGCGAAAAGGACGCACCAUCAAGUUGACGCCAAUCAACGCUCUUUUGGUAACUAAUGGAAAGCCAACGAUCACACAUAAAACGAACGAGAUUCGAGAAACCAGAGAAGCCAGGGACAGAGAGGCACGGGAAAAAGAAGGAGAGGCACUGUUUGCACGAAGCGGAGUGAGAGAGGCAGCUCUUCUUCUUGUGCGGGAAAAGGCAGGAAGAUACACCUUGCAAAGGGAGCCGCUGUUCCUAGACCGCUGCGUGGUAGCCGCAGACCAUGAACCUGAGCAUUUCUUUGAAGUUCAUGAAAUUACUACUAAAGAUUCAUAUAUUUUUAAGGCGGAGGAGAAUACACGAACGCGUACCUGGUACCGUCAAUUGCAGUACCAUGCGCAAGGUGCUGGCGCUUGGCGAAAGCGACGAAACGCACUCGCAAACAUCAUGAUAAACCCUAUGUUGACCAGGAAUUGA